CGACAACAGCCACCGAGAGACUGACUGCGGCGCCCUAUUUCCUUUCCUCGCUGUAAGUGCGAGAGCCCCGGCAGAAACCGAGUCAUCGACUAUCGCAAACUUCAGUCACAAACAGCGUUCAACUUUCACUUGCAGGCGAGCAACACACCAGCGGUUCCUAAGUUAGGCCAGGGUGCUGUUUCUGAAGCGCCUCGGCGUGUUUGAGGCGUCUGUUUGAGGCGUAAACAGUGUAAAAGAGGAGUUGUAGGUGGGCUGGACGGUUAUGGCAGCACCGCGACCCAUUAAAGGGAUCCUGAAGAACAAAUCCAGUAUCAAAGCCCGAGCGGAGGAGCCAGUCCAGGACACCCCAGAACCAGGAGCCCCUAUCAACUCCGAAGACGACCAAGAGAAGAAAUCACAGAAAUGGGAUGAAAUGAACAUUUUGGCCACGUAUCACCCGGCAGAUAAGGACUAUGGGCUGAUGAAGAUAGACGAGCCCAGCACGCCAUACCACAGGAUGGUCGGCGAUGACGAGGAUGAGGGGGCACUCAGCGAUUCGGACGGGAACACAGUCCUACCCGGAGAUGACCUUGCUAAGAAGCUGGCGGCAGCAGCGGAAGGCGCAGAAUCUCGCUUCAUGGAGGAGCCGGAGGAGGAGGAGGAGAGCAGUGAGGAAGAGGAGGAGGAUUUGAGUCCGGAGGAGCAAGCCAGGAAGAAGCAGUUUCAGAUGAUGAGGAAGAUGCAUUAUAAUGAAGGUAUGAACAUUAAACUAGCUCGGCAGCUCAUCGCCAGUGAACUGGAGGAGGAGGUAGACGAGGACGAAGAGAUGAAGGACGACACAGAGACCGAGGACAUCACCGACGACCCCCCACCAGACGCAGAUUCCUUGGAAUCAUAAGGAUGUCACGAUUUGUCCAUCAGCUCCUGCCUCGUCCCAUGAACGUCUGGAAGGCGCUUCAGCUCCAGGAUUCCCCUCCACCCCGUGUUUCCACCCCCCCCGACACCGCAAUGCCACGCAUAUCUGCCAAAUCCCUCACUU